AUGGCCAUACCUCAACCGUCGCCAUCUCCAGAGCAGGCGAGAGAGGAUAAGGGUGAAAGUGAGAAGACGGUCAAUCCUGGUACAGAAUCGGUAUCCAAUGGCCCAAAGCUGGCUUCACCCUUUCCAUCGCCCACAGAUGCCUCUCGCCUCGCGUUCCUUAAACAGCAACAUCCGCCGGCGGAUGCUGCAGAAAAUGGUACAAAUCCAGAUGGUCGGGAAACGUCCUCACUCAGAGGAGCUGUUGAUGUCCACGAGGAGACCCAGCAGCCUCUCACGCCUGGACUGAACGGUCCCCCCAGCAAUCAUCCCUCCCCGCGCAGUCGGCAGCCGAACAAUGACAAAGCCUCGUCGGUGAAUCACAGUAAUCAACAACCUUCGCUGACCGGACUUUCGCCGUCGUCUCGUUCACCGAGUGUCCAGUUCCGGGACACCGAUAAUGAAGCUCCCGACGCAAAUACACCACAAGGGCCGUCCCGACCCUCUUCGAUGCACGGUGAAGAUGGAGAGCAAACACGGGGCAGGUCAUUCAUGACAAGACUCAAGUCGCUGGCCGGAUCUCAGCCAUUCACGUCGCAUUCCAGGUCCGCCAGCGGAGCGACCAUUGGGGACUUUCGACCGGUACAAGCAGAUAUGAUGACCCCGGGCUCGGAGCGUGGUGAAUUUCGGUUCCCUGCAACCUUGGCCGAGGAAGGAAGCGACGUGGAUGCCGAUGCAGAGGAAAGUGGUGGUGAACAGCAGUCUGGACUUCCGAAGCGGAAGCGAUAUCUACGCCGUCGCCGACAAACAGACGAGGAAAUUGGAAAUCGCACCGCGCCCACAACACCCAAAGCUACCCGCCGACCAUCCUUCCACUUUUCGUCCUCCUUUGCACCAUUUGAGAACUAUCGGACCAAUCUGUUCCCGCGCAGAGCCAGUGCCAAUGAUUUUACCCCUCAACCUCGCGAGGGUGUCUCUGAAGAUGAGGGUCGGGCUCAGCUCAGCCGGCGCAAAAUGACCAGCCGUGGCUUCUCGUACAUGGGCCGACAACAAAAUAAUGGCACUCAGGAUGAUCAGUAUCGACCAAGCCAACUUAGACGCAUGACGGGACUAGGGGGCCCCUCGGAAAACAAUGAGAGCUUGGCAGCCACAUGGAGACGUCAUCGAAACGAGCGAGGCACUAGUGCGAGUGCGCAGCGUUGGAAACAGAUUAAAGCUGGUCUCAAACUGAUUGGCCAACGGCGCAGACCUGAAAAUGCCGUCGAUACGAAAAAGUCCGCAGAACUGCUCGCCGAAUUGUCGUCCGCGGUGCCCGCCGCCUUGAUCUUGGCCAGUGCGUUCCAACGUGACGAACAUGGGAGCAAGCGCAUUCCAAUUCUUCUCGAACAACUGAAAGUACGUGUCACGGACAGCCGGAUCGACGCUCACUCUGGUGACCGGCACCUGGUUUUCCGCAUUGAAUUGGAGUACGGAAGCGGCAUGACACGCAUGAAGUGGAUCAUCUUCCGCACCCUGAGGGAUUUUGCCAACUUGCAUCUAAAGUACAAGCUGCAUCUGGGAACGCAAAAAUACAUUCAAUUGCGUACAAGCGAGAACAGUCCUAGUAUUCCUCGCUUUCCUCGAAGUGCUUUCCCUUACAUGCGUGGCGUGCGUGGACUGGAGAGCGAAUUCGAAGACGAGGAGGAAGAUGGUGCCUACGAGACCGAGGCGAUGAGCGGGCCUGAAAGAAACUCAAAAAAGAAAGGCAAAGGUCCGCAAACUCCGCGCAGACCAUCUCAGGGUCUAUUGCGAAGAAAGUCAAGUAUCGCUAAUCAGGAAGGCGAGGCUGCCGGUGGACCUGCAUCUACCCUCGAUGGAGCUGGUGGGCGGCGCGAAACGUACCCCGAGAGACAGCGAAAGAAGCUCGAACUGUACCUCCAGAAGAUGAUUCGCUUUUUGAUUUUCCGUGCAGAUAGCAAUCGCCUCUGCAAAUUCCUCGAGCUCUCAGCGCUGGGUGUACGUCUGGCCGCUGAAGGCAGCUACCACGGCAAAGAAGGGUUCCUCAUCAUUCAGUCUUCUAAGGGUCUGGACUUCCGUCGCGCUCUGACACCGUCGCUAGUCAAAAAGCGACAUUGGCCCAAGUGGUUCCUUGUUCGCCACAGCUAUGUCGUUUGCGUGGAUUCCCCCGAGGAGAUGAACAUCUAUGAUGUCUUCUUGAUUGACUCCUAUUUCAAGAUGCAAACGCAGAAGAUCAGCCUCCGGAACCAAAAGGCGAAAGAUCUGGCGAAGACAGCCAAGGAUUCUGCCCGGCACCCCCAGCACCACACCCUUCGCCUUGAAAAUUCGGAGCGCAAGUUGAAGUUGCUGGCUCGCAAUGAGCGUCAGUUGCUGCAGUUUGAGGAAUCAAUCCGUUUCAUGGCUGAGAACACGCCCUGGAUGCAGCCAAAUCGAUUCGACAGCUUUGCCCCUGUGCGCCAAAAGUGCUUUGCGCAAUGGCUGGUCGACGGCCGCGACCACAUGUGGGUGGUAUCUCGAGCCAUCAACCAAGCCAAGGAUGUCAUUUACAUCCACGAUUGGUGGCUGAGUCCGGAACUGUACAUGCGCCGUCCUGCGGCGAUCAGUCAGAAGUGGCGUCUCGAUCGUUUGUUACAGAAGAAAGCGCGCGAGGGUGUCAAGGUCUUUGUGAUCAUGUACCGCAACAUCAACUCUGCCAUUCCUAUUGAUUCGGAAUACUCCAAGUUCUCGCUCCUCGAACUCCACCCGAACAUCUUUGUACAAAGAUCUCCCAACCAGUUCCGCCAAAAUACCUUCUUCUGGGCACACCACGAGAAGCUCUGUCUCAUUGACCACACCCUGGCUUUCGUGGGAGGAAUCGACCUAUGUUUCGGUCGCUGGGAUACGCCUCAGCAUUCUCUCACCGACGACAAGCCAACGGGUUUUGAAAGUACAGACAUGCCCAAGGACGCAGAUCAUUGUCAGCUGUGGCCCGGCAAGGAUUACUCGAAUCCUCGCAUUCAAGACUUCUACGACCUGGACAAGCCCUACGAGGAGAUGUACGACCGCUCCGUGGUGCCGCGUAUGCCGUGGCAUGACAUCUCGAUGCACGUUGUUGGCCAGCCCGCUCGGGACUUGACCCGUCACUUUGUCCAGCGCUGGAACUACAUCCUCCGCCAGCGGAAGCCGACUCGUCCCACACCUUUCUUGCUUCCCCCUCCUGACUUCAAUCCGGCUGGCCUGGAAGCCCUGGGCCUGGAUGGCACCUGUGAAGUUCAGAUCCUGCGCUCCAGCAGUAUGUGGUCCACAGGUACUCCUGAUGUUGUCGAGCAUAGUAUCAUGAACGCCUAUGUGAAACUGAUUGAGGAAUCCGAGCAUUUCGUCUACAUUGAGAAUCAAUUUUUCAUCAGUACCUGUGAGAUCGACGGUAGAAAGAUUGAGAAUCUGAUUGGCGACGCUCUGGUGGAGAGAAUCGUUCGCGCGGCCAAGAACGAGGAAGCAUGGCGUGCCGUGAUUGUGAUUCCGCUGAUUCCAGGUUUCCAGAAUACUGUGGACAGUGAGGGUGGUACGAGUGUGCGCCUGAUUAUGCAGUGCCAAUACCGUAGUAUCUGCCGUGGCGAGACGUCCAUCUUCGGACGUCUCCGUGCGCUCGGCAUCGAGCCCGAGGACUACAUUCAAUUCUUCAGUCUGCGAGCUUGGGGCAAGAUUGGUCCUCAGAAGCAGUUGGUCACCGAACAACUCUACAUUCACGCCAAGUGCAUGGUCGUGGACGACCGCGCGGCUAUUAUUGGAUCGGCGAACAUCAACGAGCGAUCGAUGCUGGGCUCCCGUGAUUCCGAAGUUGCCGCCAUUGUUCGUGAUACGGACAUGAUCUCCUCCACCAUGGCUGGCAAGCCCUACCUCGUGGGUCGAUUCCCACACACCCUGCGCAUGCGUUUGAUGCGCGAGCACAUUGGUAUCGACGUUGACGAGCUUUUGGAGCAUGACUUCUCAACCGAAGAGGAACUGCGCAAGAUCCAAGUGGCCGAGGAAGGCCCCCAGCCAGCCAAGGGGCGAGAGCGUCGCGAGUCAGAAUCGUCUAUUCUUGAACGGCAGGAUGAGCGGGAAAUGAUGGAGCGUCGUCAUCGUGUCCAAGACGAGUUCUUGUCUCGCUCGGAGAAUCUGCACAGCUUCAAUCACGACGUCGACUGGGAGCAGGGCAACAAUCCCAACUUGAAGAGCAAUCGACGUCUUACUGCUGACCCCCGUGUGACGGACAACACAGAUCACAAGAAAGACGUUGAUGGCGACGGUGCUGAUCAUUUGACGGAUGCGCAGAAGGCUGGACUGGGAGUCGGUCGUGAUUCUCAAAUGACACCUGAUGGUAAGGAGUAUCUGCUCUCGCCCAUUGCGUCAGAAGGCAAGGGGACUCUCGAGCAACCGAAGCACGUUCCCAGCCGUAAAUCGUCGCAGGCCACACCGGCCCACAAUGACGGCAAGCCCAGUGUGACAUUUGACACCAACCGUGACUCCGAUCCCAGCACCAACUCGGAAAGUCCCGGCCGUGACCUCGGUAGUGGUGCCAGUGGUUUGGGGGUGUCCAAGGAAACGCAGGACGAUUCCACGUAUGGCAACCCAUAUGUUCCCAAUCUGAAGCGCAUCUACAUCGACAAGGAUUGCAUGAGAGAUCCCGUGAACGAUGCCUUUUAUCUGGACACGUGGCAAGCCCUGGCGGAGAAGAAUACGAAGAUCUACCGCUCUGUCUUCCGAUGCAUGCCAGAUAGCGAGGUCAAGAGCUGGAAGGAAUACAAGGAGUAUGCCGCUUAUGGUGAGCGCUUCGCAGAGAUGCAGAACCAGCAGGCCGGCAAGCCUACCGCCACGUCCGCUCAACAGAGACAGACCGGUUCUUCCAGUAUGGGUGGCAAUGUCAACGGCUCAACUCAGCCCCUAACCAGUGUCAAGUCAGAAGGAUCCGCCAGCGAAGUCAAGAGUCCUCAGACGAUCGACGAGAAGGCGGAAAUAUUCAAGGGCGACACCCAGGGGGCCAAGAAAGACGAGCUUGCGUCGCCGGACACCAUGUCACCCACAGACGAAAAGGCAGCAGUCAAGACUCAGUCCGAACCUCAACUACCCUCCACCCUUGCAAGUGAGGACCAUCGUGCGGCCGAGGACCCAGAGAAACCUCGUGUUGCCGCAGGUCAUGUCGAUUACUCCGAGGCUAUCAACUUGAACUCGACUUCACAAUCUCGCCGGCGCCGGAGACGCGCUACGACCAUCGGAUCCAAGGGUGGAAUCCACGGAUCGGAUGAAGUCCUGGACAAGGGACGAGCCGAAGACCUCUUGAAUAAGAUCCAGGGCCAUUUGAUUAUGUGGCCGUACGACUGGUAA